CGCAAUUCCUACCCUAGCUUCAUAUUAUCUUGUCACAUCAAGCUGGGUUUUAAAAAAAUAUAUCUUUAAUCUCAUUUUUAACAUAUUUCGAUAAACUUACACAUGUGGCACAAUAUCUGGAAUCACAUCCUCUAUAGUGAGAAUAGACAUCUUUCAAAAGAUGGUCAUGGCGCCCCAGAUGUCGUCUUGCAGCCACAAGCCUGCGCUCUGCGCAACAGCAUUAUGCAUACUUGUUGCGAACACCAACAGUCUGAGUAUUGGACUACCUGCCCUUAGCGAAGAUGCACAUGUCAUCGACUCAGACUUCUGUGGGCUGGCCUUCGAGCAAGCCUCCUUUGAAGAGUAUGCAAUGGAUGUCGAAGGGAAUCCCAACGAAUUUUCCAUCAACUUAAUUAGUUCCAUCACAUCUCGCACCGGUGGCAAACCUAUCAUUCGAUUAGGUGGCACAUCUGCGGACUACGGGCGAUAUGAGCCAGGUCAGUCAGCGCCUGCACUACCCAAGGCCGAGCAGAACAACUACCAGAAUAUCGGAAAUACUACAAUAGGACCAGCAUACUGGGAGCUAGCACAUAAUUUUCCGGAUGCUCAGUACAUUAUCCAAGUCCCGUUGGCAAACACCAACACCAGCGAGGCGAUUGCUUGGACUCAGAGUGCUGUCGAUAUCAUCGGCUGGGACAAAAUCCAAGCCAUUGAGAUUGGCAACGAGCCCGACUUAUUCAACGACAUUUUCACUGGUGUAGACGGUAUUGCUCUGCAGCCCUCUGCUUACUUGGGUACUCUAAAUAACGAGACGUAUGUCGGGAAUUACACGAAAUUCGCCGAUGCUAUCGCCGAAGCAGUAAAGUUUCCCGACUACCCUAUUCUCCAGGCUUUCGAUAUCGGUACACAUUUCGGCCCUGCUGUCGCCGAGGAAGCAUACGUCCUGGAUGUCGAAACUUGUUUCGGGCUGGGCAUCGACCCUUAUGACCGCAUCAAGACCGUUGCCCACCAUUACUACCAGAACAUUGCAGGCGAUGCCUCGACGCUGGCCAGUGGGUUGAUGAACAUGACCAUCACACAUGGUCAUGCGGACUAUCUGAAACGGCGGAUUGAUUGGCUGAAGGCUAACAAACCAAACAUCCCUUUCAUUCUCUCCGAAGUAGGCAAUUCCCUGAAGCCAACGAACAGCUACCAAUAUCAGGCUCGCCUCGGUUCGGCACUCUGGCAGGUGGACUUUUAUCUUUAUGCAAUGAGCAUCGGUGUUGCUCGGAUCAAUUAUCAACAGAUCAUGCACGCGGGAUAUGAUAUGUGGUUGCCCGUUGCCAGUGCUGGGGUGGAAGCCCAAGUAUUCGCGAACUUCUACAGCCAACCUUUUGUGGCAGAUUUCAUUGGAAGCUCCGGCGCCACUACUACUCAGCGGUUGAGCAUUACCGGCGGCGAGACAAGUCCAAACCUGGCUGCGUAUGGUGCUUUCGAAAAUGAAGUGCUAAAAAGGAUAGCCAUUGCAAACCUGCAGUACUGGAAUCAGACAAGUUCGGGGACGCCCAGGCCUUCGACCAGCAUUGAUCUAUAUGUACCAGACGGCGUUACAGAGGUCAGUGUCGCCAGAUUAACUAGUCCAAUUGGCGCCGGAGCCGGAGCAGACACAAUCACCUACGCAGGAAGUCAAUGGACAUAUGAGAGUUUAGGCAAUGAAGUCGAAGGCGUGAGGAAUGACAGUUUGAUCAUUGAGGUGCAAGGUGGGAUAGUCACCGUGAGCGUAUCCGAUAGCGAGGCACUAUUGUUAUCAUUCUGACUUUCCACCGCCAUCGUCGGCUAGAAUACUGCCAUCCAUUACUGAAAUCUCCGCUGUGGAAGCCAAUAAAUACCGGAUACUUUUAUGCCCUCUUCAAAAGCCAAGCCUUG